CGAGCCGCUCUCCCGGUUCCCGGGCGCAGCGAGCGAGCGAGCAGCGCCGCGCUCCGAUCCCCGUGUCCGGCCCGCUCGGGGCGGCGGCAGCAGCGCCGGGUCCCGGCCAGGCGGCCUCGCUCCUCCCUUUUCACUCCGUGUCCCCCGCGCGCGCCCUCCCCGCCGCCGCGUCCAAUAGUGUGAAGAACAAUCUUUGUUUCACUUGAAUUAAACACCAUGCCGAUUCCACGCUGCAAAUCUCCAGUCGCUCAAAGAUAACGUUAGAAGGAGCAGCCUCUUGCUAUCUUAACAAUGGAAGGUCAGUCUUGUGCUAAUACAAAGAUUAUCCAGCAAGUACCCUCUGGAUCAAGUCCUCCAUCUUUCCUUAACUUGCUGAAAAUACAUCGAGAACUUUUAGUCAGCAAAAUCCGAAAUACCCAGUGUUUGAUUGACAACUUGAUCAAGAAUGAAUACUUCUCUACUGAAGAUGCAGAGAUUGCCGCACAGUUUCCUAUUCAAGCCGACAAGGUUCGUAAAAUUCUGGACCUGGUUCAAAGCAAAGGAGAAGAAGUUUCAGAAUAUUUCAUCUACAUCCUGCAAGAGGUCUCUGAUGCUUAUUAUGAACUACAACCUUGGCUGGAUGAAAUAGAUUUCCACCCUUCACAGAAUAUUCAAAAUAAACCUGUUGUAAAUACAGAUCCAGUCAGCAGGUACCGUCAGAAACUCAAAUAUGAAUUGGCACGAGACACAAAGUUUGUUAUGUCGUAUGCUCAGAAGGAGGAAAUGCUUCUGGAGGAAACCUAUGCUGCUAGUCUUAUCGAGCUGGUCAGUUAUACCAAUGAGAGCCUAGGCAAGGUGAGCCGCUUAGAAGAUCUGUUUGAUGAUAGAAUUGGGUUAAUUAACGAAGAUGGAGAGACGAUCUACGUCUUUGGUGAUGCAGGUAUUGGAAAAUCCAUUUUGCUACAAAAGAUGCAAAAUCUUUGGGCCAGAGGCGAAUUGGAUGUAGGUGCCAAAUUUUUCUUCCGGUUCAGGUGCAGGAUGUUUAGCUGUUUUAAGGAGAAUGAAGCCAUCUGUUUGAAGGAUCUCCUGUUCAAAUACAACUGUUACCCAGAUCAGGACCCCGAGGAGGUAUUCAACCACAUCCUGCACUUCCCUCAUACAGCCCUCUUCACGUUUGAUGGUUUUGAUGAGAUCCAUUCCGACUUUGACCUGAGCAGUAUCCCCGAGAUCUGCUCACCCAAUGAACCUACCCACCCUCUUGCCCUGUUGGUGAAUCUUCUCAGCGGAAAGGUUCUUAAGGGAUCCAGGAAAGUCCUGACAGCAAGGACAGGAACUGAGAUCCAUCAAAACAUCAUUAGGAAGAAAGUACUGCUCCGAGGGUUUUCCAGCAGUAACCUGAAGGAGUACACUAAGAAUUUCUUCAGAGAUGAGGAGUAUCGGGUAUUGAUGUCUAACCAACUGGAAGCAAACCCCAGUCUCUGCAGUUUGUGUUCGGUGCCUUUGUUUUGUUGGAUUAUCUUUAAAUGCUUUGAACUCCUCCGUUCCAUGUUCGACAGUCAUGAGCUUCCAAACUACUCAGUUACACUCACAGAUGUUUUUUUGCUCAUGACUGAAGUUUACUUGAACCGAACUCUGAAAACAAAUUUGCUGAAGAAGAACACCAGGAGCCAAGUGGAGACAUUCAGGUCGAAAAAGGAAACUCUGUUCUCUUUGGGUACAAUAGCACACAUGGGGAUGGAAAAGUCUCACUUUAUCUUUGACCAGGAGGAAGUCACAUCCUUGAACAUGUCAGAGCAGGAUUUACACCUGGGAUUCCUCAGGACGGUUCAUGACUGUGGUGGCUAUGGAGACCAGUCCUCCUGUGAGUUCUUGCACUUGACCCUGCAGUCUUUUUUCACAGCUUUGUUCCUAGUUACUGAAGAGAAAUUGGGUACAAAGGAGUUACUGAAGUUUUUCGCAGAGUGCUCUUCCACUGAGACUGCUCACUCUACUUGUCUUCCUAUUUCCUGGUUGCGCAAAUGCCCUAUAGGAGAAGAUCCUUUCCAAAAUAAAGAACAUUUUCACUUCACCAAUCUUUUCCUCUGUGGUCUGCUUUCCAAAGACAAGGAGAAGCUCAUCAGACAUUUAGUUUCACCUGCAGCCAUUAAGAGGAAAAGAAAUGCGCUCAUCACAUAUCUCUUAGAAAGCAUGAAAUUUCAAGUGCAGAGCCUGAUGCGGGCAAGACUUAAGGGUUAUAAACAGAUUCAGAUCAUGCCCAAUUUUGUUUGGAUGCUGAGGUGCAUUUAUGAGACUCAAAGUGAAAAAUUAGCCAAGCUGACUGUCAGGGGCACGAGGGCCAACUACCUCAAACUCAACUAUUGCAAUGCGUAUUCAGCGGACUGCAGCGCCAUUUCCUUUGUGAUGCAGCACUUUCAGAAGCAUCUGGGUCUGGAUCUAGACAACAAUAAUAUCAAUGACUAUGGAGUAAAGCAACUUCAACCUUGUUUUAACAAGCUUGCAGUGAUCAGGCUGAGUGUUAAUCAAAUCACAGAUCAUGGAGUAAGAGUACUAUAUGAUGAGCUCUCGAAGUACAAAAUUGUGACUCACUUGGGCUUGUACAACAACCAAAUUACUGAUGUUGGAGCCAAAUAUGUUGCAAGACUCAUUGAAGAAUGUUCAAGCCUCACAUAUGUUAAAAUAGGAGCAAACAAGAUAACCACUGAAGGAGGGAAAUGUCUUGCCCUUGCUAUCCAGAAGAGCAAAACAAUGUUUGAAAUUGGGAUGUGGGGUAACCAGAUUGGAGAUGAAGGAGCUAAGGCGUUUGCAGAGGCACUGAGGAAUCACCCCACCUUAACCAAUGUGAGUCUUGCAUUCAAUGGCAUCACGACAGAGGGAGGCAAAAGCAUUGCCGAAGCUUUGCAGCACAACACCACCGUGAAAAUAUUUUGGUUAACUAAAAAUGCAAUUGAUGACGAAGCCGCAGAGAGUUUUGCAGAGAUGCUGAGAGUCAACAAGAAGCUAGCGCAUUUAUGGCUUAUCCAGAAUCAGAUUACAGCCAAAGGGGCCAAAUACCUCAGUGAAGCUCUCCAGGAGAACACAACCAUGAAAGAAAUCUGGAGCAGUCCCAUUGGCUUCAAUCUGAUCGCUUUCCUGCAGAAAGCAAAGCACCUGCAUAGGUAUUUGAAGAAUCAGGGCCUGAAUUCUGCUUGAUAUGAAUAUUUUUUUCAAGCUUUCUUCAACGUGUUUCUGCUACCAAUGAGCCAAAGCCAGACAAGCAGAUGAUGGCUGCAUUUAAUUAACAUUAAUAAUUUGGUUCACAGAAUUUGUGCUUUGAUUUUCUUUUUUCAGAUAGCACUCCCUGCACAGUAAAGGAGAUUUGCUUGGUUUAGAUGAGGUGGGCAUCACAUGUCACCUGGGUUCUGAGGCACAAAGCCAAAGACUGUUCCUUCUGCUAGCUCUGAAGCAUGGAAUAGCCAGUAGAAUUGGGUUAUUUUUACCGCUACUGCUUUCAGGCUGUGAUUUUGUACAACAUAUUUGGUUUUAAAAAAAAAAAAAUCUGUAUUUUUCUUAAGUGCCAGGCCAUGAUGUUCCUACUUUGAAAGCUUGUCAGUCACCACCUGUGUUCCACUGCAACAGGCCCAUGGGGGAGGUGUUCUGUUACACAGCUGUGGUUGGGGUGUGUGUACACAAGUUUUCUCUAUCUGUCACUAAUAUUUUCAAACCAAAGGAAGGUUCCUAGUGGUUUGUUUCUCAGAGGUGGUGAGCAGUGGUAGGAUUUGUGAGCGCUCAGCCCUUCUGAAAACCAGGCUAUUUAUAUACAGGAGCCUAACUUUAGGCAGCUGCAUUUGAAAAUGUUGAUCUAAAGCCAUAUCACUAUUAAAAGAAACAUCUCAGCAAAUUAGGUUGCCCUUAGUAUAUUUUGCCCUGCUCAGGAGGAUAUGGACUAAUGAGGGCAAAAACGUGAACAGUCUCUGUUCAUUUGGUUACACUAGAUUCCCGCACAUGGGGAACCUUAGUCAGCUGGAUCCCUUUUUUCAUACUGGCCAUAAUAUAAUCAAACAUACCGUUCACCUCCUGGGCAAUUCAAAGCAGUAUGGGAUUAUCUUACUCCAAGUGUAAAGUCACCUUGACUAGCAUAAAGCUAAAACAUUAAUGCUGGCUGCCUAAUUUUAGCCUUCUACCUCUAUAAUGAUGCUUGGGCUCUUAAGAGCACCAAGCACCCAACCAGCUCUGAUUCACUUUAAUGUGCUCAGCACUCAACAGUUUCCACUUGAGAACCUAGAGAUAAACUAAUUUGAGACACCAGUUUUUGAAAAAUCUUGCCCCACAUGUCUGUAAUCAGAACUACAGUGUUACCUAGUUAGGAGAGAGUCCCAUUUGGGGUUUGUGCCCAGGUAUGCACAUUUGGUAAGGGAGUAAAGUAGCACACAGAGUCCAAGGAAACUUUGAUUGUUGCUUGAAAAAGCCAAAGACAUGAAAUUACCAAAAAGUGCUAAAUAUAGUAGGCGAAAACUCUUCAUUUUCUAUUUCCUUUCCCCCCCCACCAGCUUAAAUGGGAACCUGAUCAACCAAGAAGAGUCCAAAGCCUUUGCAAAUGAAGAGCGCAUUAUUUGCUUUUGAGUGUGUUCUUUCCAGUUUGGACAAGCUCAGUAUUACAAGUAUUGUUCCAGCACUUAGAGACUGCAGGGUUACCAAGGCAUCCAUCUGCACUGGGGACGUCACCACAUGUAAGAGAGUCUGAUUAACUGGCUUUUUCAGAACAUUCUGCCCUUCCCCCUCCAGGAAGGUGCCUGUGUUGUUGUUCCACACUUUUGCCGAGUGUGACAGUGCCUUAGAGAACUAUGUUUGUACAGUGCUUAGAUGAUUUAAAGUGCCCUGUCAGUGUAAUCAAACCAACGCCCCUCUCCCCUCAGCAGGUCUACGUACUUUUGAUACAUGGAUAUAGAUGUAUUAUAGCUUUAUAGCUUAUUUAUAUGUACAAUUAAGGCUGCAAGAUCUUGUGGAAGAGCCACAAGCUCACAGCAACAUCCCCAGUAGACAGAGGAAAAGCUUGUGAGCAUUUGGAGAUCCUGAGUAGAACUGUAAACCAUCCAUGCAAGGCAUUUUCGGUGCUCGUGCCUGAGGUCUAAUUUUCCCGAUCAACUGUCAGUGGAGCUAUAGGUGCUUAGCACUCCUGAAAAGCAGGAUCUUGGACUUUAGGCUUUCAUUGUUUUUAAUACUCCUUCCUCCAUAUUGGAGCUAAUUCACACAACUUCCCCCAGAUACCCAGCAGCACUCCUGCCAUUUUUUUAGAAUUUUGUGUGGUCAGUAUAGAGACAGGCCCCUGUAAUUACAGUGUUCAGUUUUGGGGGAUUCUGGAGAUAAACCUGAAGAAUUGGCUGCUAGCCUCAGAUAUUAGACAAAUUUAGACUGGACUUAAAAGGUACACAUUUUUAAUGAGAAUUAUUAGCUAUUGGAACCAUUUACACAGGGGUGUGGUGGAUUCUCCAUCACUGAGGAUUUUUAAAUCAAAGUUGGAUGGUUUUCUGAAAGAUCUGCUCUAGGAAUUGUAUUAGGGGAAGUUCGAGGGCCUGUGUUGUACAGGAGGUCAGACUAGAUCAGGGUUCUCAAACUGGGGGUUGUGACCCCUCCUGAGGUUGAGAAAUUAUUACAUGGGGGGGAGGGUCAUGAACUGUCAGCCUCAACCCCCAAACCCUUCUCCCCCCCAGCAUUUAUAAUAGUGUGAAAUAUAAAACAGUGUUUUAAUUUAUAUGGGGGUCGCACUUAGAGGCUUGCUGUGCAAAAGGGGUCACUAGUAGAAAAGUUGAGAACCACUGCACUAGAUGAUCAGAAUGGUCCUGUCUGGCCUUGGAAUCUGACAUGGUGCUGCUAGCAACACACCAACAGCAAAGAGCAAGGAGAACUGAAGAACGAAUUGAGUUGAGCAGAAAUUUAUUUCCCAGCAACAGGGAAGUGUUAAAAACUGUUGGCGAAUGUAAGACUUCCAUGCCAGUCCUACCUGAAUUAACAGAACCAUUGAAAGUGUCAGUAGGAGAUUGAAAUGACAAGCCACAAUCUUGAGCUAGAAGAGUUGAGAAGCAAAAUGAUUUUCAGUAGGAACGAGUGAUUUUGGGAGCCCAAUCUGAGCUGCCUUAAAGCAGCCUGAUUCUCAGAGGGCAGGUGUGCAGUACUUUGUGAAAAGCAGGCCUUUUUUAAUGCAUCUCAAGCUUUGAAGCACCCCAAAGUAUUAAACACUUGAUCGAUGUUCCUUAAUUUUCCUUUAGUUAAAUAAAUGUUCAUUCGCUAGAUUAAAAAAAAAAACACACCCCAAUACACCUACCUCUAUGUGUGCUGGGUUCUUUAUUUACUAACUUGCCCACCGACCCAGGUAGGAUGAAGGAAGGAAGAUAUGGUGUAAGUUUAGUAAAAACAAUCUUAGAUCUCCACAAAGUUAAAAUAGUUCAGGGGUUUUCUUUCUAUUUUAAAUCCACCCCUUUUUUUUAAACCAAAUGUAUUUUUCUUAAGUGCCAGGCCAUGAUAUUCCUACUUUGAAGCUUGUCAGUCACCACCUGUAUUCCACUGCAACAGGCCCAUGGGGGAGGUGUUCUGUUACACAGCUGUGGUUGGGGUGUGUGUACACAAGUCUUUCUGGUAGCAGCACCCUCCUGUUUCCCAACCCCAUUUAUUCCUUUUUUCCCAAAAAAUAUUAGUGUGUUUAUUUUCAGUGGACUUUUCUCACUGGCUAUUAUGUCAGUGAUGUGGCUCUCCUCCCACGGAGGUGAAGUGAUGACAUUUCCAUGUCUUCCUAGAGAAAUCAGCUAACUGAAAUGAUUGAUGCACCUGGGUCACUUGUUUACUGAAGCAAAGAGGUGCAGAGUUAGACAUGCAGUAUAUUUUAAGCUGUAAAAACAUCUGCCCACACAAAAUAUUUAAAACAGUAUUGUAGGCUAUUUUUAGAAAACACCCACACUUUUCUCUUAGGUUAUGUCCACACUACACUUUCAUUGUUAAAACUUUUGUCGCUCAGAGGGAGUGAAAAAACACCUCCCUGAACAAAAGUUUUAGCGAUGAAAAGUGCCCAUGUGGACACUGCUUUGUUAGUGGAAGACUCUCCCACUGAUGAAGCUACCGCCCCUCAUUCGAGGUGGUUUUAUUUUGGCAUUAGGAGUGCGCUCUCCUGGUGACAAAGAGAAACUACAAUGACACAGCUGCACCAUUGUAAGGUGUGCAGUGUAGACAUAGCCUACAUCACACUAAAGUCUUCCCAUUCCCUCGCCAGGUGGCAGAUACAACUGCCACCAAAAAAGGGCAUGAUCCUGAGAGGUAGCGAGUCCCCUUUGUUCCUACUGUGCUCAGCACGUCCCAGGAGGUACUGGUAGCGGAAUUAAACCCUAGAGCAUAAGAGGGAAAAAUGCAUUUUCAUUAUUCCAAGUCACUGAUAUGAAAAUACAAAAUGUCCAUGAAUUUAAUAUGCUCGUUUGGAGCUUCUCCCGUCAGCUUCUUCUGCACGAGGGUUUAGAAGAGGGUUUGGCACUAAUCCUGGUACAAACCCUGUUACAUGCAUACCUGUUACAAAGCAUAGGUCCGGUGCUGCAUAGCGUUCACUGAACUGCUCAGGGAAGCAGGCACUGCAUUUGGUAGGAACAGGCCUUGAGUUGAGAAACCAUGAGCUGUAGACUGUGGGCCUGUUAAACACUCCUGUCCAACCAACCCUUCGCAUCAAAGGAGGAUCCAUGUACAGAGAGCUCAGAAGACUGUGCCUUGGCUGUAGUGUUAUUGAUACUGAAGCCGUAGCAGAUUUCUGCUCCAAGUGGAGCCGAGACAGCGAUUUAUUGCCGCAUUACUUCAUAGCUUCAGCUUGUGGAGAACAUGGCUGCCAUGCAUGGAGAAGCUUGAAUUUCCUGCCACAGAGUUUUGGGCUUCACUUUUUUCUUCAUAAACUUAAUGGGCUAUUUGCAGUGAGCUCCCAAACUAUAGCUUGACCACCUACAAAGGGGACCUUGUUACCAGAAUUCAGGUUUCUGAGAAAGCCCUUAGAUUGUAAUUAAAUACAUAUUUUUAAACUUGGAAUUAAAGUCCUUUUUACAGAACCAUGUAUUUUUUCACCCCUUUGUUAAUAAACAGCUUUUUAAGAGCUUCUCUAGCCUGCUCCUGUGA